CGAUUUCUCCUUCGACUUUGUGUUCAUACCCAAGAAGUUGCAAGUGUGUGAGUGCAACCCCGUUUUUCUCUGUCGGAGGUCGGAGUGUCUUUUCUGAACUCCGUUUUCUUGCUUGAAGGGUCAUCAGGCUUUUGCGUCAAAAAACACAUCGACUUUUAUUUAUUGUGGAUGUCAAACGAAUUUUGACAAAACACAUAUUUUAGGGUACCAGGCUUAAGUAAUUUGGGUUUAAAAUUUGAACAUUUAUUUGUUUUGGGGCGUACUCAAACGAACCUUCUGAGUACUGUGAUAACAAUUUUAUUUUCAUCCCGGAACGAACGCGAUUUUUUUUUUUAAAUAAAGUAAUUCUUGUAAUUUAUUUUGGCACCACUUUCGAUAACUUAUAUCGAUAGAUCUUAUGUCACCUAAUCUUGUCAUUUUGACAUUUGUGUUUAAAUCGACUGAAGCUGAACGUUUAUCGUGUUUGUGUUUUUUUUUGUGUGGAAAUUCUGUAUUGCUUGAAUUAAUUAAAUAGAAUUUAAACAAAAUGUCUACAAAAAUAAACCAGAAAGAAUAUUUAAAAAAGUAUUUAUCAGGUGAUAAAAAAAAGAAGAAAAAGGAUAAAAAAAUAAAGACCAAAGCCACGGUAAAAAUUAUUGACGAUGAUAUGCAUGUUAAUAAUGAUUUGCAAAUCGAUGAAGAACUCUUGUUAACAGGUGAAGAUGCUCCCCAAAUUGUUGGUAUAGUUGACACCUCGGGACAGCCUGUCGAAAGUAAAUGGAAAAGUUUUAAUGCCAUUAAGAAAGAAGAAAAUCUUGAUGAUGAUUUGUGGGGAAAAAAAGCGGAAACUAUCACUAACUUAAGAGAGGAUUUAUCGCCAAAAAGACAGAAGUCGCCAAAGAGCCGCCAAUUACUGCCAACUCGAAGAGAUUCUGAUCAAUCUCCUCCUAGAAUUGCUCCAACAAAACGUAUCCAUAUAAAUGGUAAUAAUUUACAUUCUGAGAAGCCUUCAAGAGAUAGAGAUCAAUCACCACCAAGAAAAGCGUCCUUUGCUCGCCCAAGAAGAGACUCAGAUCAAUCGCCACCAAGGAAGCGUUCUCCAGCUCGUUCAAGGAGAAAUUCAGAUCAAUCGCCACCAAGGCGAGUAUCUAAAACUUCGAGAAAGGAUUCUGAUCAAUCUCCUCGACGAAGACGAUCUCCGGAUCGCAAAAGAAUUGACCAAUCCCCUAGACGCAGACAAUCUCCAUCAAAGAAAAGAAGAAACUCUGAUCAAUCUCCACCUAGAAGGAAAACGGCAGGUCAAUCUUCACCGAGUCGCUUUGAUAAUUCCUCUGCCAUUCGAAUCAAGAAAGAAAAUUCACCAGAUCAAUCUCCUCCGAGACGAGGAGAAAGAGAAAAUCCCUUCAAAAAGUCUAUCAAAUUGGAAAACCCAUCUCCGGAUUCUUCGCCGAGGAAUCGCCGCCGAUCUGAUUCACCACCACCAACACAUAAACCUUCUUCAUCAAAAAUGACCAAAACUCUUGAUGGCAAGCGUGCUGGUCUGCAGGAUGCUCAAACAUUGAGAGUUGAAACCGAAGAACGUCGCCGAAAUGAGGAUAAAAUGUAUAGCAAAAUGUCAAAGGAAGUCUCUGGACGUGAUGCUGAAGUUCAGAUCCGUAAGAGUUCUUAUCGCCGACAUCGCAAAUAUGUUGAAGAAGAUCCAGAAGUUCAACGUCAGAAGGCCGAACAUGAGGAGAAGAAAAAAGUACUAUACAGUCGGUGGAAUAAAGGUGUUAAGCAAAUAGAAGCGUUUCAGGCAAAAAUAUCUGAUGAUCAAUACGAAAGUAGUAAACCAUUGGCUAGAUAUUCAAAUGAUGCAGAUUUAGAUGAAAUGCUUAAGCAAAAAGAACGCGAAGACGAUCCAAUGUUGGAGUACAUACGAAGUAAGAAAAAGGAUCAACAGCUGGCAAAAAAUGUUCCAGUUAUGCCCAAGUACAAAGGAUCAUAUCCAGAGAAUAGAUUUGGCAUACCGCCUGGAUAUCGGUGGGAUGGAGUGGAUCGAUCAAAUGGUUAUGAAAAGAAAUGGUUUGAUGUUCAGAGCUCAAAACAGGCCGUAGCCGAGGAGGCCUACAAGUACAGUGUAGAAGAUAUGUAAACAAGUAUGGAGAUUGUAAAUAUGUACUAUGUAAAUAAAUAUUAAACGAAUUUUUACAAUAAAUGUGCUGUUCUUUGAA